AUGGCGUUAGGUAAUUCGUGCAUCAAACUUCUCUUCUUUAUCAUCAACUUUUUCAUUUGUAUUUUCGGAGCAUUGAUUUGUGGAUUCUCACUGUGGGCUAACCUGGACAAGGAAUUCGGCACACACUUAGGUGAUUUCGUUCGCCAAAUUGAUGGAAUUGACGUGAAACUGAUAAAUGAAAUUGCGGAGUACCAAGCCUCUCUCUGGAUCCUCGUUGCUGUUGGAGCUCUCCUUUUCAUUGUCGGAUUUUUUGGAUGCUGUGGUGCCGGAUGCGAGAGUCCAGUUCUUUUAGGAUUGUUCAUUUUCAUUAUUGUCAUUCUAACAGCCGUCGAGCUAGGUGCUACCAUUUUUGCUAUGACUAAUAGGAACGAGUUUGUGUCUUCCAUUCAACAAGUUCUCGAAAAAUCUUCUUCGGCUCCGGAACUUCGUAAAAACAUCAAGCCAAUUCAGAACAUGUUACAUUGCUGUGGAGCUACUUCUCAAACUCAAUAUUUAUACGUCAAAGACGGACUUUGUGGACCAAAACCCAUCGCGUAUCCUGACAAUUGCUUCGAUAGAAUCUCUCAUAUGGUACAGUCUUGGGGAGAAUCGAUUGUUGUUGUUGCAUUCAUUCUUCUCGCCAUUGAAUUAUUUGCUAUUCUUUUCUCAUGCAUCUUAUGCAGAUCAUCACAAGAUAUUCGUUACACUCCAUAUUAUUCUUAA